AUGCACCUACCAAGACAAUAUGCUUCAACCAUUGCCAACCCUACAGCCUCAGAGGCCAAUAUAGGAGGAGUAUCAGCAGCAGAUCUCAUUCAACAAGCAGAGAGACACUGGGAUGUAUCUGCAACUAGCAUUUUAGCUGCUUGGGUGGCUUGCAUGGCAGGCAUUUUAUUGAUCCUCCUGCUGUACUCUACUGUGAGGUUGAAAUGGCGCAGAAUCUAUUUACCAAGAUGGAAGCUCAGGAAACCCUCUCAACUCAAAGAAGAGAAAGAGGAAGAUAGGUUGAGAUUAGCUCAGAUGAGUAGAAGAGGUCAAAAAGAAUACCUCAUGAAGAAGUUCAAAGAAGAACCUGAGUAUUAUCCUGGAUUUAUCAAGAAGAAAGACCCUGGUGAUGAGAAGGGAUAUAUAUGGGUUGAAAAGGAAGAUGAUGGUGUGUGGAUUGGGAAAGCACCAAAAGCUCCCAUAAAUUUUUUUGGCUGGAUAAAACCAAACUGGGAAGAUACCAUGACAGAACUUAUGGCUAUAUUGCCCAAGUGGUUUUGCUGCUGUUGGAGUUUACUUGGUCUAAGGCUUUGUGUCCGGAAAAGAGGGCAGAAGAAGAGGAAGACCAUCUUGGAACAGGAUAUCAGAGGUCUGAGAAUGCUUGGCCUAGAUGCUGUCAUAUACCUCAUGUUUUUGAGGCUCCUCAAAUAUCUCUUUGCAGUUAUAUCAAUCCUGGCUGUCUGUAUGGCAUUUGCCAAUUAUUAUAUCAAUACUGAAACUAUCUAUGGCAGUACAAAUGCCCUAUCAAGCUCAAGCUCAAGCUCAAAUAAUUCUGCGGACAAUAAUACCAAAUUUGACAAGGAGAAUAUGACCAAUAUCAUUGAUAAUCCCAAUUUGCUAACUGCUGCCAAUAUCAAGAGCAAUGGAUUGUUGGUUCAUGUGAGCUUUGAGAUUAUUGUGACCAUGCUGGUCAUUAUAUUUGUUCUGAAAGCCUGUACUCAUCAUGCAAGGCUAGUUAAAGAAUGGGCAAAGAUGAACAGAAAUGAAAUCUCAUUCAAGACUCUGUUCAUCACUAACCUUUCAAUUUCUAAGACAACAACAACAGGAGCCAAGAAACAGAUAACCAACCUAGUCUUAGGGGAGAACCUACAGAAUAUACCAUGUGAAGUAUGGUUUGCUAUGCAUAAACUCAACCCCUUGGAAAAGAGGAUAGAAAAGUUCAAGAAAGAAGCAUUUUCCAAAGCCAUUGAAGCUGUUGCCAUGGAGACCUUCUAUGAGGGUCAGGAGGGUCAGAGAAACCAUGUUUAUGAUAGUUGCUGGGACAGAGUGAUGGGGAGGAGCAAAAAUGCUAGGACCAAGGUCAAUGAGGCACUGCAAGAAAAACAUCAGAUAGAGGAAGUGCAAGAGCUGAUCAGAUAUGAGCAAGAUGGUUCAAAUUGGAAAGACCUGAAUGGAACUGUCACUGCAGCAUUUGUCACUUUACCCACAGCCAGGCAAGCAAAGACCAUCCUUUCUCAAAAGAAAGGUGACUUGGCUCAGGCUGGAUAUACCCUACAGAAAGCUCCAAGGACCCACAAUGUACUAUGGAAAAACCUAGAGAAAGAUGCCAAAGCCAAACAUUCCUCUGCAAUCUUUGGUAAAGUAGCAUUAAUCUUUGUUUGUUUCCUGAAUACAAUACCAGUGAUGGGUAUUGUUUUUUUGACCAAUAUUGGCAUUGCAAUAGACAGAUAUCCAAAGCUCAAACAAAUGCAGGAAGACUCCCAAUUUUGGAAAGUGGUAUUUAUGAUUAUUGAAGGUGUCUUGCCUGCAGCUGUAGCAGCCAUCUUUGCUUAUUUUCUCCCAUAUAUCAUGAGAGAGCUGAACAUGUGGUCGGGAUCAAUUACUAGAGGUCAUUUAGAUAAAGAUCAAAUAAGACAAGUUUUCAUUUUUCUCCUAGUGUCCAAUUUUGUUGUUUUUGGACUGAUUGGUGUGCUUUAUGAGACCAUUUCAGGCAUAUAUUCAAAGAUAGGAGAAAAGUCUAUUGGGGACAUAUAUAAGAGUAUAGGUGAUCUACCUGCAAAGAUCACAAGAGCUUAUAUUUCUCAAAGUCUUUAUUGGUUUUCUUGGUAUCCGAUAAGAUCUAUAGUUAUGUGGUUACAGCUGUUACAAGUGCCAAGAUUGAUAUUAAAGACCCCUCAAUUACUCAAGUUCAAAACCCCUCAGGAUUUGGCAGAAGUCACUUUGGCUAUUCAUUUUGAGCUGGCCCUGGAAGUCUCAUUCAUUAUUUUUGCAAUGUGUGUGGGCUUGAUCUACGCACCUUUGGCUCCUAUAGUGGUGAUUGGAGCAACCAUACAUUUCUGGUCAGCUCACAUUGUGCAUUCUCAAGCACUCAAGUUUGUUAAUGACACCAAAGAAACAGAUGGUGAAUGCUGGUGGGUAAUCAUCAAUAGAUUGUUAGUUGGAACAGUUUUCAUGCAAUGUCUGAUGGUAUUGACUGUAACACUGAAGACUCAAUCACCUCCCAUGGCAGUAGCAGCUGCUUUACCCAUAUUCUGGAUUGUCCUAUUCAAGCUUUACUUGAAUAAACACUACAAGGAUGAUAAUCUGAACAUCCUCUAUGAUGGUCAAUCUGAGUUUGGGCAAGGGGAGCAAAAAGUAUUGGAAAAGUAUGUUCCAGAUAUAUUAAGGUAUGAUUGGAUGCCUAGAGGGAAAACGGUGAAAAAUAGGAAAUUGAUGGAAAGAGCAAAACAGAAAAUACCAGGAUUAAAGGAAUUGAUGAUGGUUGAUACAAAUAAUAGCAACACCGGUGGGAAGCUUAGACAGAAAAGAAGAAUGUUUAGAAAAAAGAAUUGA